GAAAGAGUGCAACGGGAACGGUGAGUGCUGCCUGCACAUGCGCUGCAGCGCGAGCGGGCCAGCUGUAUCGAGCGUUGCUGAGAGCGAGACAGCCUGCGCAGGCCAGCACUGGAGCGCACCACUCUCGUUGUUAUUUUGGCAAGCGAGCGCCCCCUAUCGCUCUCUCACUCUCCCCUUCUUUAUCGUGCGCUAGCCGCUAGAACGGUCUCGCUCGCACGCACUCGAUAUUGAUUCGCUCGUUCCAGGAAGCGUGCUCGAAAUUGAUUAGGCGCUCACCGUGCGCUGUACGCCUGCAGUCGCCCGCGAGCAUGUGUGUGUGUGUGUGUGCGUGCGUUUGCGGUGGCCACUCACGGGGUGGGAUUUUUUGUUCCCGUUUGCCUGCCGCGUCGGGCUCCGCGCUCUUUCUCGCUCGCUCGCUCUCUGUUUGCUCCGUACGCUCAUGGCUGCCAACCUAACGACGCGCUGCCGACGGCUGACCGCUCAGUAAGCAACCGUACUGGAGCGCAGCAGUAGCGCAGCAGCAACGGAGCAGCAGCAGCAGCAGCAGCAGCAGCAAACAUUAGCGAAUAGUAGCAACAGCAGCAGCAGCAGCAGCAACCAACACUGUCUCGGCGAGUGUGUGUGUGUGCUGAAAACGAAGACAGGUAGAGACAUUUGUGUGUGUGUGAAACAACAGCAAAGAAGCAGCAGAAAGGAAAAACAAAACAGAAACGAAACAAAAGCAACGGAAAAUGAAACAAUCGAAACGACGACACGUGUGCAAUAGUGUGUGAUUACCGCGUGCGAAAACGAUGCUGCCGACAGACAUCCGACAAACGGACAACGCCACCGCUGCCGCCAUCCUCAUCCUCAUCAUUACCGUCGCCACCGUCAGCUCCUCGAUCAACCUCGUGCAGCAGUUGGUGCGUGUGUAAACCGUCUCGCUUUGCGUGUGUGUGUGUGAGUGUGCGCGAGCGCGCGCGCGCGCGUUCGUGGCUGUUUGUGUGCGCCUGUGUGUGCUGUGCUGUGUAAAAGCUGCUCUAGCGCGUGGUGGUAUUGUGUGUGUGUGCGCGCUCUGUGCGCGCUGUGCUCUGUAGUGUGUGCGGUGUCGGUCGGUUCGGUUCACCACCCACCCACCCACACGCCGUUUGGUCAGACAACACCAACAGCUGUCACUAGCCAUUUUCGAUCCAAUUGCGUUCGUUAAAAUGCAUGUUAAAAAGCAUGUAUCCUAAUACAUAGAUCCUCGCCACCGCUCUGUGCACGUGCAGUGAGGCUGUGUGCGUUUGUGUGCGUGCGCGCGUGUCUGUUCUUCUAUUUUGCAGCCCGUGCAAACCAGUGUGUGUGUGCUAGAAAGAAAAAAAAAGUGCGUCUGUGCACCAGUGAAAGACGGGCAACUAAAACGGCGAGCGUGCUGCCAGACGACACCCCAAUCCGAACCACCCAUACCACCCACACACAGAGGCGGAUCGAGAGCACAGGCGUGUGUGGUGUGGUGCUGGUGCACGCUCUGUUGUAAUCUAUUGUUUUAGUGCGUGUGUGUGUGUGUCGUUCUGUGUGAAAGUGGAGUGAAAAAGUAAAUAAAAAGAAUCCUUAAAGAAUCCCUAAAGAAAAAAAGGGUCACACGUGUGUGUGUGUACCCGUGGUGUAUUGUUUGUUGCGUGUGUGCGUGUGUGUGUGGGCUCGUGGUGCGGGGGCCGCCCAUACCAACAUCCGGCCGCAUGUCCGGAGCGUUCCGUGGCGCGUGCUUCCUUUCGUUUUCCGGUUCCGGUCGCUGAACGGUGCUAAAGUGUGCAAAACGCGUGUGCGUUAGUGUAUCUGUGUGUGUGUGUGCGCGCGCCCGCCAGUGUGUGUGUGUGUGUGUGUGUACGCGGCUACCUAUGUGUGUGCGGUUGUUGGACUGCUGCCGCCACCGCUGCCGCCACUGCCGCCGCCUGGCGGCACCGCUCUACACAUCGUCGGCCACCAGCAGCAGCAGCAGCAGCGCCACCAUCUGGCGACAGGAGCCACAGUGGCACGGCGGUGGUACGGUGCGCCAAUAGUGCGCUCCAUCUACUCCACACCCGAGCGCCGACACCACAGCCGACAGCGCCCUAGAAUGCAGUGCCGCCGGGGUUGAAACGAGCACGCGAUGGAGAUACAUGUGAAGCAGUGCAAGCAGCGGAACAAACGCCGGGAGCGGGCCCAACGUAUGAUCGCCGAGCGGGACAAGGAUGCGGCGGCGGACGGUACCGGCAACCGCGAUCCGGACGACAGUGCAGACGACGACAGCGGGCCGGUCAGCCGGGAGAAGCCGCACCGGCCGCCCGUCCGGCGGAAGCGCAAGGAGAAGGAACCGUCGCCCGUGCUCGAGGAGGACAUCAUCGACGGGUUCGCGAUACUGGCGUUCAAGACGUACGAGGAUAUUGAGUUUGCGAUAAAGGUCGCCAACAAGCGCAAUGAGAAGCGACUGUCGUCGAUCGUGGAACUGACAACUGUGAUGGUGCCGGAGGAGAAGCCGCCGAAGAUAAUCGACACCACGCCGUCGAAGCUGGCGGAGAAGUCGCUCGGCGGUACCGGCGUGGUGCCGUUGGUGACGAACAAGAACAACAACAGCAUUAACAAUAGUGAGAACCAUGCCGGUGCGAACGCUGCCAGCCCCGGUGGUGGUACGGCCCCCGUUACACCCGGGUCGGGUGGAGCAGGAGGAGCCGUUGGAGCAGCAGGUGCUGGAGCAGCAACGGGAGUAGUAAGCAACGUCAAUGGCGGCGACUGGCCACCGGUCAACAACACCCACCAUCAGCUGCACCAUCUGCAGCAGCAGCAGCAUCACGGUGUGGUGGGACCACCGAGCAGCGUUAACGAGCGCACACCGAACGGCGAAGGGCUGACGCACCACGGCACUGGUCCGGCCGGUGGUGGCAGCGGCAGCGUACCGGCGGUAGCAUCAGCGACAGGUGCCCGCGGCUCCGGCAGUGAUAUGGCGCUGAUCGCGGCCAACGGUGGUGCGCCCGGUGGGACCAAUCAUCACAAUCACCUUCACAACAGCCACGGGCACCACAACAGCCACGGGCUGCACAACCACAACCACCUGCAUCCUCACCACAACCACAGCAGCCGGAAUAACAACCAGCAGCAGCAUUCGCCGCAGCAGCAGCAACCGUUCGCGUCGGUUCACCACCAUGGGCAUCACAACCAUCAUGUGGUGAGCAAUGGGAGCGUUAGCGGACCGACAGCGGCGACGGCACUACCCGCUGGUGGUGGUGGUGGUGAUGGAGCAGUCGGCAACGCCACCAAUAGUAACAGUGGCGCCCCGAACGGUGUCAACGGUGAUCCCGGCCCGGUUAGCGCCGGCAACGGGCCGAGCAGUGUGGCCGGUAGCGCCAACAAUCGGAGUAGCAGUAGCAGUAGUAACAGUAGUAGCAACAGCAGUAGUAACGGUAACGGUAGCAACAGCAGCAGCAGCAGCAGCGUCCGGGCUGCCAACAGCAGCAAUCGAAACAGUGGCAGCAGCAAUAGUGUACCGGCUAGUGGUAGUAGCAUCAAUAUGAACAGUAGCAGUAAGAACCAUAGCAGCAGCAGCAGCAGCAGCAGCAGUAACAUCUGUUCUCUAAAUAAUCUCACCAUUGCCGCCAUCAUUGCGAAUGGGCCGCCGCGCCGGAACGUGAACGGCAGUGCGGCGGCGGCAGCGGCAACGACAGUGACGGCGAACGGUGCGCCCGGUCCGACCGGCACGAACGGUAUCAGUGGCAGCAGGGGCAGCAGUGCUGCCAGCAAUAGUAGUGGCACGCCGAACAGUAACAGUACCGCGAAUACGCAUCAUCCAAACCACCAUCAACUACAUCAUCCGCAUCAUCAUCACCAGCAGCAGCAGCAGCAGCAGCAGCAGCAGCAGCAACAACAGCAACAACAGCAACAGCAGCAAAGUCACCAUCUUCAUCAUCAACAGCAGCAACAGCAGUCGCCUCAUCUUCAACAUCAUCCCCACCAUCAACAGCACCAUCAACAUAACCAUCAUUUAUCAGCGGUACAUAAUCUUUCCCUAUCUUCGAUCAUCGAUCCGGGCACGUCCGACGAUAGUGGGCGCGCCUCGGAGCGACUGACGACGUCCUCGGUGGCCCAGCGGGAUCCGGACAGUUCGCGAGACCGGCUCAGCGACGCGAGCAGUCGCUGCAGCUCCGGCAAAGGGUAUAUCUGUGAUAGCGAAGGAGACGAUGAUAAGGGUUCCGAUGGUGGCGGUUCGGUAGUGUUCGCCACGACCCCCCAGACGCAACAGACGGUGGCCCCGCGGAAGCUUGACUUUCCCCCGACCGGCCUACCGCCCAGCGUGGAGCCGCUCGGGGGCGGUGCGAGCCCGAUCCGGGUGCCGGCCGCCGGCACCGGUCCGGCCCCAUCACCGGCACCGGCCGCACUGCCACCGCCAAGCUUACCGCCGCCUUACCCAGCGACACCACUGCAGGUAUCGAAUGGACCAUUGGGUACGCAUUUGACGCCGCUCGGUGGCGGCCACCAGGCGGCAGCGUCGCCGCAGCAGCAACCGCCCCAUCCCGGAUCGCAACAGCAGCCACCACAGCCGUCCGCCUCGCCGCAGACGGCCGGCAUAAGCAAUAAGCCGCUGUUGCCGACCGCCUCCGCCAAGAUACCGGCCGCCGGCGGCGUCCUGCUGCUCAGCACGACGGCGGCCGCCACCACCGUAACGACAGCAAUAUCAACCACCUCCCAGAAGCAGCAGCAGCAGCUGCCGGGGCAGGGGGCGCCGCUGGUUUCCAGUGCGCCCCAGUCGCCUGCCCAGUCGCUGGCGUCGGUAGCGUCGCCGGCGGGCGGCAGCCUACAGGCCCCGUCGACACCGAACCAAUCUCAGCCGCCGCUAUCACCCCAGCAGCAGCAGCAGUCACAGCAGCAGCAGCAACAGGGACCGCUGCCCGCAACGUCGACGGCCGCCAUCGGUGGACCGCUCAAGUCAGUAUUUCUCGGCGUGACGGCGGCAGGCCCGAACGGCGGGAGCACUGGCGGCAGUAACGCACCGUCAGCCGCUUCGGCGGCGGCCAGCAACUUCACGAGUGGUGGUCCCGGUGGUCCGGUCGCUCCCAGCAGCCACCACCUCAGCGGGAGCCUGGCGGGUGUGGUCGGCCCGAGCAGUGCCAGCAGCAAUGGCAGUGCCGCGCCCUCCUCCCUGCCCCUCUCCGUGCCGCACACGCCGCCCGCAGCAACGCCGGCGACGGCGGCCGGUCAAACCGGGGCCGUGCAUCCGCCGCUCGACAGCAGCAGCAGCACCACCGUCGCGACCUCCUCCUCUGCGUCAUCCACCUCCUCCUCUGCACUGUCGUCCUCGUCCGCUCCGUCGUCGGCCGCCGUGCCCACGUCUGGUCACACGUCCGCCGUGGCGGCGGCGGCGGCGGCGGCGGCUGCUUCCACCGGCGGCUUACGCACCAACAGCCCCGCCGUACCGUCGCUGCCCGGUGCGCUGCCCGGCGGUCCGGCCUCGAUGCUCAACGGCAACCACGCGGCGGCCAUCGUGGCGGCAGCCGCCCAUCCCUCGAUGAUGAUGGCGAACGGGCUCGGCAGCCUGCCGCCACCGUACCGGGGGUACCCGGGCUACCCGCUCUACUCGCCGUACGGCAGCUUCCAGCACAAUCCCUACCUGCCACCGUCGGUCACCUCGCCGAACCUGUCGCCCCGGUUGCACCCGGCCCUCGCCCCGAUGCCCCACACGCUGAUGGGGCUCGGGCUGAUGGACGCCCGGUUGCAGCCGCCGCCGCUGGGGGCUGGGCCGCCGCCACCACCGCCGGGCGCUAGCAACGGGACGCCGGGAGGCGUGCCGCUCGGCCGGCCCGGUCCCGACCGCGAUCCGUCGCCACUGAUUGCGGCCGCCCAGCAGCAGGCCGCUGCAGCCGCCGCAGCCGCCCAGCAGAAGGUGCGCCCGAUCACGCCGAACACUAACUCGAGCUCGAGCAACGGCUCGUCCUCCUCUGCCUCCUCGUCGGCGGCCGCCAGCAGCAGCAGCACGUCUUCCGUCACGCUCGUCUCCAGCACAGCACCGUCGGGCGGCGGGCCGCUGCUGCUGCACCCGGCGGCGUCCUCCGCUCCGGCCGACCCGUCACUUCCGCCGCAUUCCUCCCAGCAGCCGCCGUCGCACCGGGACCUCGUCGGCCACCCGGGGGCGGGGCCGCCCCAUCCGGGGCUGCAUCUUGCCGGCGGCCCGCCGGGCAGUGGGAGCGGCCCGGCAGUGCCGCCACCGCCGCCCCCGCACCACCAUCUGCUAGGGCACCCGGGUGCGGCGGCGGCAGGUGCUGUCGGUGGGCCGGGCAUCUCGCCCCUGCUCGUCGGCCACCAUCACCAUCCACUCGUGGUUGGUGGGCCGCCGCCUCCGCCACCCCCGCCCGGGCUCAUGCCGCCCGGUGGGCCACCGUCGGUCUCCCAUCUGCAUGGCGGCGGGGGCAGCAGUAGUAGCAGCGGCGGCGGCCUCGGUGGAAACAGUAUUAGUGGCCAUCCGGCAGCCGCAGCAGCAGCACCACCUCCACCACCGACCUCUUCCAGCAGCAAUAACAACGGCAACGGUGGCAGCAACAGCAGCAGCAGCAGCAGCAGUAGCAGUAGUAGCGGCAACCUCAUCGUCUCUUCGCGUCCUCACUCACCGCGCGGUCACAGCCCGAACAGGGAACGGGAUAGCUAUAGUAGUAACGUAAGUAGUUUAUCGCGCUCUACGCCCGGCUCGACGAUACCAGCGUACGGUGGUGUCGGGCCGGCGACGAGCGGCCCCUCGCCCGUGCUGCCACCGUUCGGUGCCAGCCCGCACUCGGCCGCCGCCCUGGGCGUCGUGCCGUCGGUGGCCAUCUCGGUCGUCUCUUCUAGUCUCACGUAUCCUAAAACCACGCUCGCGAUCGGAGGCAGCAUCAUGUCUUCCGCCUCCACCUCCUCCUCGGCCGCCACCUCGUCCGCCCCGUCCAUCGGUGGGAGCGGGGUGCCGCCGGGAUGGCCGCCGGGCGCGCCCCUCGGGCAGCCCACCGUCGUGUCGAUCGCGUCCCACUCGAGCUCGCCGGCGGCCGGCACGCCCGGCCCCGGUCUGCACAACAGCUCGUCCUCGUCUUCCUCGUCCUCCACGGUCGGGUCGCACCACCACCACCACCACCCGCACCAUCAUCUGCAGCAGCAGCAGCAGCAGCAGCACCAUCAUCACACGCGACCCACACCUCCGCCGGCGAGCGAUCGGGGCGGCUCCAGCGCGUCCGGCUCGAUCGCCGUCGUCUCCUCGCCGUCACCGUUUCCGGCGGCGCCACUGUUCGCCACCCCGAUUCCCCCGCCGACCAGCGUCUCGCUGUCCAGUCCGGCCGGUGCGGGGCUGUCGGUCGCUAGUGCGGCCGGCGGAGGCGCUUCGGGAGCGGCCGGUGCCGGUUCGCAGCCUCCAUCGCAGCCGCCGACAGCGCCCCAUCCUCAUCCCUUCUCGGCUGAAUCUCUCUUCUCCACCAAGGUGUCCGACCAGGCCGACAUGUUACGGCGCGAGCUGGACAACCGGUUUCUGGACCGCAGCGGCCUGACGGCGGGACCGCCCGGGCCGCCCUACCUGCGCCAGGAGCUGCACCAUCACCAGCACCAGCACACGCACCUGCACCAGCACCAGCACCAGCCGAUGCUGCCGGGGGCGGCCGGCGGUGCGCCCACCCUCUUUCCACCGCCCCUCUUCAAGGACGUGCCUAAAAUCGGUGCGGUCGAUUCGCCCUUCUACCGGACCGGGAUCGGGAUGCCGGCGUACCCGGGCUACCCGCCCGGCCUGCUGCAUCCCGGCCUGAGCGGGCCGACCCAGUUUGUGCCACCGAGCCACCUGCAAUCGUUCGUGCCGAAGCAGCAACAGACGCCACCGGUCGAUCCGAACAAAAAGAAAACGGGCAAGUGGAACGCGAUGCACGUGCGUAUCGCGUGGGAAAUCUACCAUCACCAGGCGAAGCAGAACCCGGACAAGGCGGCCUCGAUCAAGACGGCGUCGGAGAUGCUGCGGCCCCCGUCCCACAUGUACCCGCCGUCGGCGGCAGCAGCAGCCGCAGCGGCCGGCCUGGUCCGCCCGCACGAUCUGCCCUCGUCCACCUUCCCACCAGCAGGCCUUCCCGGGCGCCCGGGUCCGUACGAGUCGACCCCGCUGCCGCCCAGCUUCAUGAGCUCCCCGGCUAGUCAUAUAGGUGUCUCACCGUUCGGCCGGUACGCCUCGCCGUACGGCGGCUCACCGUUCAGCGGCCUGUCGCCCUUCACCCGGGACCUCCCGAUGGGUUCGCAGAUGCCGGGCGCGCUGCACGACCCGUGGCGCAGUGCCCUACCGCGCAGCGUAAGCAGCUUUCCGCCCGGGCCGCAGCCGGCGGGCGGCGGCGCGUGGCCCCCGAUCAAGCAGGACCCGGGCGGCCUGGCCGCGGAAACGGCCCGCCGGGAGGCGGAGGAGCGCGAGCGGCAGCGGGAGCGCGAAGAGCGGGAGCGAGAGCGCCAGCGCCGGGAGCGGGAGGAGCGCGAGAAGCAGCGGGAGCGCGAGCGCGAAGAAAAGCUGCGCAAGGAGCAGCAGGAGCGCGAGCGGGAGCGGGAGCGCGAGCGCGAGCGGGAGCGCAAGGAGAAGGAGCGGCGCGACAUGGAGCGGCGCGAGAUGGAGCGGGAGCGGAUGCUGCACCAGCAGCAGCGCGAGUCGAAGGCGGCGGCGGCGGCAGCGGCCGCAGCGGCGGCAGCCGCCGCCGUCUCCUCCAUCAACCGGGACCGGUCGCCGCUGCGCAACGGCACCGAGCUGGACAUCCGGAUCAAGGAGGAGCCGCGCAAGGAGGAGGAGCUGCUGCUGCGGAGCCACGCGGCGGCGGCGGCGGCGGCUGCUGCCGCGAGCGGCGACCCCCGCUACCACCCGUCGAUGAUGCCGCACCCGUACAUGGCCGGGCGGCACCCGGCCGCCCACAUGCUACCCGGGGGCCACCUGUCCCGCUCGAUGCUGCCGCCGUCGAUCGGGCUGCCGGGGCACUUCCCGCCGCACGGCUCGUGGGGCCCCGACCCGUUCCGGGACUACGCGCAGCUGCACCACCCGCUCCGCUACAACCCGCUGAUGGACGCGUACCGGGCGGAGGAGGCGAAGGCGUCCCUGCUGUACGCCGCCCAGUCGGCGGUGCACUUCCGCGGCAAGGAGCCGAGCCCGGUACCGCCGCCCCAGCAGCAGCAGCAGCAGCAGGGACAGCAGGGACAGCAGGGACAGCAGCAGCAGCAGCAAGGGCCGCCGCCACACCACCGGCUGCCACCGGGUGCAGCACCACCGGGCAGUGGAGGUGGGCCGCCCGGUGUAGGGCCGCCGCCGCCCGGCUCGUCCGGCGGCACACCCGGCCCGAUGAAGGUGGCGUCGCACAGUGGCGCCUCCACGCCCACCAACGGACCGCUCGUGGUGAUGGGAGGCGGCGGCGGCGGUACACCCGGGCCGGGCGGGCGACCACCCUCGACCGGCGGGCCGAACACGCUCGAUCUGCACAAAAAGGAGGACACCUGCCAGUCCCGAUGAUAGUCGGCGGCCGGCGGCUCGUUGGUGGUAGUCGGUGCGACAACAGGCAACAGCAGCCCCCAUCCUUCGGCCGUGACGACUCCACUGAUCGUGAUCGUGGACGAUGACUAGUAUAGUGCAAGAGAGAGAGAGAGAGAGAGAGAAAGAAAGAGAGAGAGAGAGAGAGAGAGAGAGAGAGAGAGAGAGAGAGAGAGAGAGAGAGAGAGAGAGAGAGAGAGAGAGAGAGAGAGAGAGAGAGAGAGAGAGAGAGAGAGAGAGAGAGAGAGAGAGAGAGAGAGAGAGAGAGAGAGAGAGAGAGAGAGAGAGAGAGAGAGAGAGAGAGAGAGAGGGUUAGAGCAUAAGAAGCGAGCGUGUUCUACGAGAACACGCGCGAAACACACACAAAAAAACGGCACGAUGUGAUCCUUUUGAGUAGAAGAAGAAAGAGAGAGAGAGAGAAAGCAAACACGUUGACGUGCAUACGACGACGUCAUCUGAUCCAACUCCCCCCUCCCCCUUACACACACACACACACACACACAAACACAAACACAAACACAAACAGGUACGAAAAUGUCACUUCAAAGCAGCAAAGGACGCGAGGGUUGUUAGAGGGAGCGCA